GACAGUCCCACAGCGAGGAUUCUCUAGAAUGUCAGAGAAAGCACUCAAUCGCCAGCUUAGUAUGAUGUCAAUGACUGCUGGAGGAGUCCAACAUCAAUUCAGUGUCAUCUCAUCCACCAGCUUGUGUGCUGAUUAUGAAAAUGUUGACCUGGAUGAUCUUGCCACUUCAACUGGUCGACCUGACUGUAUGGUUAGGCCUGGAACCUACAUCACCUACAUCAAAGCUAUGGGUGGAGUGGCCAUUUUUAUUUUUAUGAUGGUCAGUUUUAUGGUCAGUGUUGCAAUACAGUCAAUGACAACAGCUUAUCUGGCAUAUUGGUUGGACCAGGGAUCUGGCCAUGUGGAACUCAAUUCUUCCAACUCUUAUAACAAUGAAAGCAACAUCAAUGUUAGCUACUAUCAAAACAGCAGCAGCCAUAUUGGAAAAGCUGCAGACAACCCACAUAUAAAUACAUACGCCUUCAUCUACGGAAUGUUUCUCUUGACUAUGCUUCUUCUGCUGGUUGGAAGAUCUAUAAUCUUUGUCAAAAUUUUACUCAAAGCUUCAUCUUGCCUCCACAAACGUUUGAUAGAAAGAACUAUGAGAAGCCCCAUGAAGUUCUUUGACACCAACCCUAUUGGAAUAAUACUCAAUCGCUUUUCAGCAGAUUUAGAUGAACUUGAUGUUCGAUUACCAGCCAACUGUGAGCUUUUCCUCCAGAAUGUGUUCCUGGUCUUGUCUGCCCUUGUUUUAAUCACAGUUAUCUUCCCAUUUGAUCUGCUGGCUAUUCUCCCUCUAGUGGUCAUCUUUUGUGUCCUGGCCUACAUGUUUGCUCCAAUUCUGCAGCAGCUCAAGUUUAUGGACAAUGUCACAAGGUCACCGUACCUAAGUCACCUUGCUGCUUCUGUUGAAGGCAUUGCUACAAUCAAUUCUUUCAACCAGGGUCAAAGGUUUUACAGGAAAUUCUGUGAUUUGCUGAACGGCAACAGUGUGCCCUUCUUCUUGUUUUAUGCAGCCAAUCGCUGGCUUGCUGUGUUUCUUGACUGUAUGACCAUUGUAGUGACAGGUGCCACUGGGUUUCUCAUAGUGUUCACACUUAGUUCAGACAAUAGCUCAGAGGCUGGGCUUGCCUUAUCCUUUGCUAUUCAGAUAACUAGUCUUGUCCAGUACACACUUAGACUCUCUAUGGAAACCAUCUCACGGUUUUCUUCAGUUCAAAGGAUACAAGAUUAUGUUGAGACCUUUCAAGCAGAGGGAACAAGUAUAAAUCCUCAAGAGCCUGCAGCAAACUGGCCUAGUGAGGGCGCCAUUACUUUCAAACAAUACAAGAUGAAAUACAAUGAAGGUCAGGCCCCAGUCAUCAAAGGCAUUAGUGUAAAUAUACAACCAGGGGAGAAAAUUGGAGUUGUGGGAAAUUCAGGAUCAGGAAAAUCUUCUCUGGGGGUUGCAUUAUUUAGAUUAUCUGAAGCUGCUGCAGGGACAAUAACUAUAGACAACAUUAACAUUCGUGAUGUGCCCCUUGAAAUACUAAGGUCAAGGCUAUCUAUUCUUGUCCAAGAUCCUGUUCUAUUUACAGGAACAAUUAGGUAUAACCUUGAUCCUUCUGGUACUAUAAAGUCUGAUGACAUUUUCUGGCAAGCUUUAGAGAAGUGUCAUAUCAAAAAUAAGAUUCAGUCCUUAGAUGGAGGACUAGAUACUCUUGUUGAAGAAAAUGGUAGAAAUUUCUCAAUGGGUGAAAGGCAGCUUUUAUGUUUGGCAAGAACUUUACUGCGGAAUUCAAAGAUUUUAGUCUUGGAUGAAGCAACUGCAUCUGUGGAUGGAACCACUGAAGCUCUAGUCCAGCAGACAAUCAAAGAGUGCUGCAAGAACUGCACUCUGCUCAUGAUAGCCCACAGAAUCAACACAGUUUGGGACUGUGACAAAGUGCUUGUCAUGGAAGGGGGAAAGGUUGUUGAGUUCAACCACCCCACAGUCCUGCUACAGAAAUCUUUCUCCAGGUUCAAGUCCAUGUUUGAGAUGAUGAAGUCCCAGCCUCGGGGAGCGUCCAUCAACGAGGACCCCAUGCCCUCCGUCUCAGCAUCAAGAACAUCCCCCAGGCUCCCAUCCUCCCCCCGCCUCCAGUCCCCCAUCCAGCACACUCCAUCCAGUUCGCCGUUUGGUGAGCUCUCGCCUCUUACAGAUGAGAUCUACGAUGACGACGCCAUGAUGUAAUAUUUGAUAC